CGGCAGCUCGCCAGUAAAGACACGGGCCCUGUUGAGCAGGUAUUUCCCACUGACAUCAGGAAAUCUGAAUUCCACAGCGCCAGAGUGAGACUUGGAAGGUCCGGUCACUCGUACUCAGGACCAGGUGAAUUAGAAGUAGCUGGGGUAGAGGCAGGAGGAGUAGGGGGAUCUCCUGUUGAGAGCAGAACACCUGAGUUCAGCAGGUGAAAAUCCAGAGCAGAUUAUCAUGAAACUCAUUCUUAAAGAAUGCUUCAAUCAAGAAGAAAAUUAGAAAGCCCACCUGGCAUUUGCUGUGGUCACAUAGAGGGACCAACAUGUCAUUGAGUCAAAUGAGACCUCAAACUUCACAGCUGUUGGAACUUCAUGUUUUUUAUGUCCCAGCUGAAGUGUGGAACUUCAAGCUGAAUACAGUUCCUGUAGCUCUUACUAGCAAAUUCAUCUCAGCUGGAUUUAUAAGGGUGUCUCCUCACAUCACAUUAAGAGUGCUGCGGGGGAGGCUUGGAGAGUACCUGGGUGGAGUGACCAUUGCAGAUGAAUUCAGAUUUUUGAAAUGCAUUGGGAGGAAACUAGCAGUGGUGAAAGCAAAGCAGGAAACAGAACUGGAACUGAAGUCAUUUGCUCCUCCUUAUGCACUUUAUCCUGAAUUAUAUUUAUUACCUGGAGUGGAAUAUUUUGAAGAUGUUUAUCCAUUGCUAUCAUCACCUCAACAAAAACAUCACAUUAGUGAAGAAGCUAAUAGGUUUGGUCAUGGAUCAAGAUUACCCAGCCUUUCCCAACAGAAACCUGAAAAAGGCAAACGAUUUUUAGAAAGUGUACGAAGCAGGCAUCGGGUAGAAAAUCUGGAAGUGCCGAGUCCUGUGAAAUGGGGUGAGAAAGAGCCUGUUCCAGUUUCACACACAAACCAUAAGCAAAACAAUAACAACAGGAUUCCAGAAAAACAGUUUGAAGAAAAAGAUCAAAGUGGAUCUGAUGGAUCUCCCUUCACACCAAGCCAUUCAAAUCCUGCAGACCAGGAGUCUGGAAAGUGUGAACUGGUGUUACAGACUUCUGAGCAGAAUCAUCUCAGCCAAGAUCAAGAAGCCUGCAGUGCUCCUAAGUGGAAUGACAAAGCCAAAGGAACUGCUCUUACUCAUGAAAACCACAGUGAUGAACAAGGCCAGGGUCACCAAAGACCCCAAAAUCCCAUUAAAUAUCAAAAGGAACUAGCAAACAUGGAAAAUAAUGAGCACCAAAAAGAUACCAAAUUAAGAAGAGACAGAACACGAGAUGCUGAAAUUCUUAAAAUAAUGGAAGACCAAACUACAGAUUAUGUCUACAAAAAACAAAGCUUGCAGCAAAACAGAACUAAGAGAACUAGAGUUGGUCUUGGUGAAAAACUGGAUAAUCAGGCAGAUGAAAACAAGCAAAAUCAUCUUACUUGUCCUAAAGAGUGUAUUUCAGCUCCUGGUCCACCUUUUUUGGCACUUACUGUAAAUCCAGCUCAAGUUCCUGUAAUUCAGGCAGCAAAAAACAAAAUGGCAGAACAAUUACAACAAAUGAAGAAAGACAGAAGGCACAUGGAAAAAAAUAGAGAAGAACUGAGAAAAAAAGCUAAAGGGCUACUGGAACAAAAUAAGCUGAGGAGAUACCAUGUUCGUGAGGCAUGGAAGAAGAAGUACUUCGAAACCAAGAAAGCUACAGUUUCACUAGAGGAGACUUUAAACAAACUGCAACAAGACUUCGAGCUUUACCACCAGAAAAUGCUCCUGCAAUUGGAAGCCAGGGAGAGCCAAAAACGACCAAACAAAACAACAGCCUCCAAGAAUGACACAAUCAUCCGGAUUGCUACAGUGCAGCACGAACUCCAUCAACUGAGGAGGAAGCUAGAUGAUACAAAAGUGAGGCUCCUAAUAGAAAUUAAGAUGAGAAAGCAGGCAGCAUCUGAUUUACGAGCACUGAAAGCGGAACUGACACAGAAGAAGAUUCAUUCAGCUUUAAUUCUCCAGCCCAGAAAAUCAGGAAUUUAAGAACACUAACAUCUGUGAAGUGUACAGCAGCUCUCUAGUGUAUGUAAAAGAGAAUUUCAGAGCAUUUGUUUGUAUGUUCUUGAAGUUACUUUGUAAAAAGACAUUAACUAUAUAAAUGUUGUGGAAUUUGUAUACUAGGUGACUGAGGUAAUGCAGCUCAUUUCUUUUUAAAUCUCACUUACUGUAAGAUUAGUCAGCUACUUAAACAUGCAGUUUAAGCUAGUAACAUGUCUAAAGCAAAGCUGUUAUCUUUAAAGCGCAAAUUAGUUAAUUGUGUAACAUCCCAGUGGUAUGCUGAUGUUCUCUGAUUAACUACAUAGCUACUAAGAAAUAAACCUAAAAUCUGUAACCUCCUGUUCUUAUUUUCAGGCUCACACAUUCAAUUUUUUAGAAAUUAUUAAAAUACAGUUUCUGUAGAACAACA